AUGUUACGCGAACUUAUCGCCAUCGUUGCCUUCCUUUGCAUUGUCCAUGCCGAUUUUGGUGGAAAUGAAGGUACAGGGCUUUUAGCUCUUUUCAUAUUCUUCGUUCGCUUCGAGAUCUUCCUUUUAGACGUUAUUCCAAAAGAAGCUAAGGAGUUCUUCACGGGCCUGACCGAAGAGGAUAAGAAAGUGAUCAAGGAUGUAGUCAGGGACUCUGCUAACAUGAAUGCAGACGAGGCUUUGGCUGCACUCAAAGAGAAGUCACCCGAACUUGGCGCUAAAGCUGAAAAGCUGUAUGCUGUGAUGAAAGAAAAAGUUGAUGCACUUGGAACUGAAGCGAAAACUUUUAUUAGAUUAAUUUUCACUAUGAUUCGCAAAGUUCACUCUGAGAUUGUACUUGGCAAUAAGCCGAGCAAGGACGAGUUAAGGAAGAAGGUUGAGAGUGCUAUCAGCAAGUAUAAUGCUUUACCCGAUCCGGCUAAAGAUGACCUUCAAAAGCAGUUCCCUUUACUUUCUUCUGUCUUCAAAAGUGGAAAGCUGCACAAGAUGGCUGAGAAACUGCUAUCCAAAUACUGA